UUGGUGGAGGCGAUGAUGGAUUAAACAAAACAAGACACCAACCAAGCGAAGCAGCAGCAGCCGCCGCCGAACCGCAGCAUCACCAUCCCCUUCCCUGCCCGUGCCGAGCGACCACCAACCCCCCUUCCUCCGCCGCUCGCCUUCGCUGGGCAGACCAGCACGGCCUUGCGGCCCUCGCCGGCGUCACAGAUUCACUCUGCAGGGUAUCAAACACAGGUAGGGAUCUCCCCGUACGGCCGGCAGAACUAGAUGUGACAGAGGAUUUGAGCAGCAGGACUAGGCCGCCUGGCUCGCAUGCUCUAAGAUGCUCCGCGCCAAGGACACAUUCAGGAAGAUGUACUCAGCUGCCAAGGGCUACUACUGCACAGGGCUAGCACCGCCGAAUGCCUUCUCAGCAUUGGAUCUUCGGCAUCCUCUCAGCUCCCCAAGGAAACCACCGGGCCACGCUAACUCCUUCAGGGUCCGCUCCUACACGCAACGCGCGCUCACCAACGAUUCCACCGACAACGAAAUAGUGAUUGCCCUGGGCAGCAACGUGGGAGACAGGGUCAGCACGUUCGACAGGGCGCUGCGGCUGAUGAGGAGCUCGGGCAUCAGGAUCACCAGGCACGCCUGCCUGUACGAGACCGCCCCAGCCUACGUGACCGACCAGCCGCGGUUCCUCAACUCCGCUGUCAGGGGCACCACUAAACUAGGGCCUCACGAUUUGCUCAGGAAGCUCAAGGAGAUCGAGAAGGAUAUAGGGCGCACCACCGGGGUAAGGUACGGUCCGAGGCCGAUCGAUCUGGACAUUCUUCUGUAUGGGGACUCCCGGAUCAAGACCAAGUCUCUGAUUGUGCCGCAUGAACGCAUCCAUGAGAGGCCAUUCGUCUUGGCGCCUCUUGUUGACCUCCUGGGUUCGUCGGCUGAGGAUAGCAUGGAGAAAAGAUGGCACUCUCUCUCGAAGUGCAGUGGCGGGUUCUUUGAUUUGUGGAGCAAGCUUGGUGGCGAAUCCAUAAUUGGAACAGAAGGCAUUAAAAGGGUCAUGUCUGUUGGAAAUACGCUGUUGGAUUGGCGUGAGAGGACCCUGGUUAUGGGGGUGCUUAACCUCACGCCAGACAGCUUCAGCGACGGAGGUAAGUUUCAAGAAGUGGAAGCUGCCAUUUCUCAGGCCAGGCUGCUAAUAUCAGAAGGCGCUGACAUAAUUGAUAUUGGUGCUCAGUCCACCAGGCCCUUUGCAAGAAGGCUAUCUGCAGAAGAAGAGCUUGAGAGGCUGGUCCCUGUUCUGGAUGCUAUCACGAAACUCCCUGAGAUGGAAGGGAAGUUGCUUUCGGUAGACACGUUCUACGCGCAAGUCGCUGCUGAAGCUGUGAAAAGAGGAGCCACCAUGAUCAAUGAUGUAUCUGGUGGGCAGCUUGACCCAGAUAUUCUUCAAGUUGUUGCUGAACUGGGAGUUCCGUAUGUUGCCAUGCACAUGAGAGGCGAUCCAUCAACUAUGCAGAAUGAACAGAAUCUACAGUAUGAUGAUGUCUGCAAAGAAGUUGCUUCUGAGUUAUACGCUCGGUUGAGAGCAGCAGAGUUGUCUGGAAUUCCUUUGUGGAGGAUUGUUCUUGAUCCUGGCAUUGGGUUUUCCAAGAAAUCCACACAGAAUAUUGAAGUAAUCACGGGCUUGGAAUCCAUUAGAGAAGAGAUGGGUAAAAUGAGUCUAGGUGCUUCGCAUGUGCCAAUAUUACUUGGACCUUCCAGGAAAAGUUUCCUAGGGCAAAUAUGCAAUCGCGCUGAUCCAGCCGAGAGAGAUGCCGCUACUGCUUCUGCUGUUACAGUUGCGAUCUUGAAUGGUGCUAAUAUAGUAAGGGUCCAUAAUGUUAGAUACAGUGUGGAUGCUGCAAAGGUCUCUGAUGCAUCACUCAAGUACACAAGAAAAUAAUAGAAAGUAUACAGCCCGGAUAGAAGCCAUACCAGUUGCCAGUUUUGUACAAGGGAAUGCUGAUAUGGAGCUCAAACCAUAUGGGGUGUAUCAUCACUUAAAGCAAUCAAAGCAUGUGUGAAUAACUAUUACACUGAACAAGAGAUAUACAGUUUUUUCGUUCGCCUCCUCCUUCGUAGAAUCUUCAAAGAAGCAAAGGUAACACAGACCUAGGCCUCUGGGGUUGGUAUAUGAUGUAACCAGUUUUGUGAGGGUUUAAUAAUUAUCUAAUAGCGAGACCUAAGAGUAAGACCUUUGUAAUAUGCUUUGCUUGGAAUUGUCUACUUGAGAGCAUCAUUUGGUGCUAAAGAGUUAAUUUCCAUCUCAGGCAGUUUUCUUAGGGUUAUAAAUUUUUAUCUGACUCCUUAUGUGUGUUCUGAACUUAUUGUCCCCGAUGAGGAAACUCAUGCAUUGCAAGUGCCGUAUGACAUUACUAGGCCUCAAGGCUUGGUCUAUGAUCUAACCAGUUUUCUGAGGGGUUUAUUGCCUAACUGCGAGUAGUUUUUUAUGCUGUCUACGUGGGAGCAUCAUUUCUUCUUGCUGAGUCAAGUUCCAGCUCUCUUGCAGUUUUUCGAGGUUUUCAUGAAACUUCUCCUCGUGACUCCUUAUUUGUGUUUUGAUCUUGCUGUACCCAAUGAGGAAACUCAUGCAUUGCAAGUGCCGUAUGACAUUACUAGGCCUCAAGGCUUGGUGUAUGAUCUAACCAGUUUUCUGAGGGUUUUAUUAUCAAAUUGUGAGACCUUUAUAAUGCACUUUGCUUCGAUCUCUCUACUUGAGAGAAUCAUUUGUUGCUGCAAAGUUAAUUUCCAUCUCUUGUGCAUAUUUAGAUUUUAAUUUUCAAUAACUUCUAGCGUGUUUUAAAAAGAACAUAGCAAAGGCAUCCGACAGAAGUUUGAAUUUGUUUGUAACCGAUGAGGAAACUCAUGCAUUGCAAGUGCCGCAUGACAUUACUAGGUCUCAAAGCUUGGUCUAUGAUCUAACCAGUUGUCUGAGGGUUUUAUUUUCUAAUUACGACCUUUGUAAUGUACUUUUUUAUGCUGUCUAUGUGGGAGCAUCAUUUUUUCUUGUGGAGUAAAUUUCCAGCUCUCAUGCAGUUUUUUGAGGUUUUUCAAUAAACUUCUCCUUGUGAGUCCUUAUUUGUGUUUUGAUCUUGCUGUACCCAAUGAAGAAACUCAUGCAUUGCAAGUGCCGUAUGACAUUGCUAGGCCUCAAGGCUUGGUCUAUGAUCUAACCAGUUUUCUGAGGGUUUUAUUAUCAAAUUGUGAGACCUUUGUAAUGUACUUUGCUUCGAAUGUCUACUUGAGAGAAUCAUUUGUUGCUGCAGAGUUAAUUUCCACCUCUUGUGCAUAUUUCGAUUUUAAUUUUCAUUUAACUUCUAGUGUGUGUUUUAAAAGGAAUAUAGCAAAGGCAUCCAACAGAAGUUCGGAUUGGUUUGUGACCCAAUGAGGAAACUCAUGCAUUGCAAGUGCCGUAUGACAUUACUAGGCGCCAAGGCUUGGUUUAUGAUCUAAACAGAAUUCUGAGGGUUUGUAUUGUCUAGAUGCAAGACCUUUUUACUGCACACUGCAUGUAAUUUUCUACUUGUGAGCUUAAUUUAUUCUUACACAAGAUUUGAGUUACUGUUUUUUUGGUUCGUUUUAAACUUUAACUUUGGUUUAUUUUUCCGCAUCAUGAGCAUGUGCUCUUUGGAGCCAAAUUGCAUCCCCGUGGCUUCUUGUGCAUUUAUAUCCCUCCUUUGUUCACUGAUGAGACCUUAAGAACUGCAGGUGCUGGAUGAUUAUGCUUUCAUCAAGAAUGGCCAUGUCAAUGAUAUCACCACAGGUUUGUUGUGGUGUUAUCUGUUUUUUAUACUGUUGAACAUUUGUUUGCAUUUUUACAUGUUUAUUUGUAUAAUUUGAAGCUAUUUUAGCUUGCUUUUGACCUUGUUCUACCCAAUGAUGAAAUUCAUGCAUUGCAAGUGCCGUAUGACAUGCUUGGCCUCAAGGCUUAGUCUUUUAUUCAACCAGAUUUUUGAGGGUAUUAUAUUGUCUAAAUGCAUGACCUUUAUAAUUUGCUCUUUAUUUGAAUUGUCUACUUAAAAUCAUCAUUUGUUCCUACAUUAUUUGUUUCUGCAUUUCAUACAGAUUUGGAUUUUAAAUCUGAGCUGCUUUGGCCAUUUUAACAAAUAUCCAUAGGUUCCUUUUGCAUUUUUCCUGCUAUGUUGACUGAUGAAAUCUUAAGAAUUGCAAGUGCCUGGUGAUUACAGUGUUCAUGGCAAUGAUGUUAACGCAGGAUUCUGUGGUCUUGUCUUGUUUAUACUAUUCAAAAUUUAUGUUGUAUGAAGUGAAGCUAUUCUGGCUCGCCUUUGAUCAGUCUUCUCCUUAUAACUCCUUAAUUUUCUUGAUGAUGUUCUACCCAAUGAGGGUCUUCUCCUUAUAACUCCUUAAUUUUCUUGAUGAUGUUCUACCCAAUGAGGAAACCCAUAUGAGCGAGGCCUCAACUCCUCAACCCUCAGUAUUUGAUUUAACCAGGUUUCCUACGGUUUAUAUUGUCUAAACGCAGAACAUUUUUGAUGUGCCCUCAUCCGGAUACUCUAUAGAUUGCCAUUUGUUCCUGCAGAUUUGCUGUCUACCUCAUAAUACAUAUUUGAAUUUUAAAUCUGACCCGUUUUGUACUGCCUUCACUCCUGAAACCUUUUAAUAACUGCAAGUGUGAGAUGAUUACGCAUUGGCUCACUUGUUGUUGCCACCCUGUUCUUGCACCUGGAAACCCGAAGGUUUUGUUUUCCUUCCCUGAAGUGCAGUAAUGCCCGUCAUCAAGAAAGCCAAACAUGAAAAGUCUGAAUGGAAUUUGAAGACCAGCAUGCAGGGUUCUCAUGAUACCAGUGGUAACUUUCUUCCCUUUCUCUAUUGUCCUAUCGUAUUAUUUAUGCUGUUGUUUUUGUUCUUUUUAAUAUUUCUUGAAUCCUUUGUUCUGCAGAGUAUCAACAAAAUUAGCCAAGUAAUAUCAAACGAGCUACUUUUUUUGUUCUUGGGCACUCAUGUACUAAGGUCUCACUCAAGUUUGCUUCUCGGGAAAAUGUACAAGAGUGCAUCAGGCUAACGGGAGAAUUUACUCUGUUUCCAAAAGGGACAAGCUAGAGGUCUAUCGAUCAGUUUAUCCAUACUCUCAUGUUGUAUGCAUAAUUUAUCUGUUUGUUCAUUGCUAAUCCUUAUCUUCAUAUCUCUAUAACUGUUCCAUGCUCUCUUUGCUGCACUCUUUUCUAAUUCUAAAAUUCCGAGUCAAUUUGUAAACAUGAAUUGGGAGAUUAAAAAGAUAGUUUCAUGCAAUUAAUAUUGUAGCCUCUGUGUGCACUAUUCAGCAAUUUCUUUAUUGAAUCUUGAAAUUAGUGUUGCCUUAGUUAUUUAUUUGCAUUCUUUCCGAUUCUAAGUAAAGUUUACUUUAUUUUAGUUAAUGGAUUAUCUCUGUCCUACUAUAUUUCCUUUCCAUGUUUCAAGUUAGCAGAUUGCAGUCUUGAUUAAUACUCCCUCCGUUCCUUUCUAUAAUGCCUAUAGAUUUUUGGCAUUUGUUUCAGAAUAUAAGGUUGUAGCUUGACUCUUUUUCAAUUACCCCCUCUACCGGUCAGCUCCCACACUGACAUGCGUGAAAAAAAUCAUACAAAAAAGGAAACAAUUAAUUGAGAUUCCUAAUGCAUGACCCCAGCGAUUCCUUAGAUUUAGGAAGCAAUAUUUUUAUUUCCUUAAUAUAACCUGGCUGCACAUAUAUGGAGAGCCAACCAGAGAGAUUUGUGGGAUUUGUUAUGUUGAUUUAGGAAGUUACCGAUUUCCCUUAUUUUAUUCUGAUCUCAAAUCAUUAAUCUAGGGGGUCUUGUAUAAAAAACACUCUUGUGCUAAUUUCCGUGCCAAAAAACUAUAGGCACUAUAGAAUGGAAUGGAGGGAGUACAUUUUACUGCUUCGAGUUUGCUUGGAUUAAGUGAUGCUGAGUGUCGUGCGGCAAAAAACUCCAAAUCGAAAUGAGAUCUUUUAUGCAUUAUUUUCAGAUAUUGUCUGGAUAAAAUGAGCUUCAGCACCUGUUUUUGUGAACCACAUACAGUAUCUAUCAGUGAUGUUCUCGAAACAUUCUGAAAUGAACUUGAUCUAUCAACAGCUGAGAGGGUUUUGGUAUUGGACUUUUCCUGUCAGAUUUUAGGAAUAUAUAGGAUUGAAUCUGAAAGGCAAGUGUUUUUUAGAACAAAAUUUGUUGAUGAUUAGUUAUAGGUGCUUAGUCGCACCACCCAUUAUUUGUUUUGCAGGCCAAAGAUUUUCAAUUGCUCAAAUCAAGGAACUGCGUUGAAAUUCUUCAAUCUAUGUCAAAAGACCAGAUUCAUGAUAUUGUUGUGUUUUCUUCAUUGUACAGACUGAUGGCCUUUCAAACCAUAUAGAAUUUUUUACUAACAUUAUCUCCUAUGCAAAGUGAAAUACAUGUCAUUCCAUGUCCC